AAGAUGUAGCACACUUGUAGUAAUAAAAUAUAUUUUUAAGAUUUAUGCACAUGUGAAGAGAAUCUAUCUCUUGUAUUCAAGAACAAAGGGUCAAUAAAUAGAGCUAGCGGCCUUGUGAGAGCAGUCAUCUUUAUUCUAAAUCAAACAAGAAGAAACUAGACAUGAUGUUAGAUUUGGAACUUUAUACUUCUGUAUUCCUUUGUCUCAUUCCUUUCAUCUUCCUUCUCUUCAUCAAUCUUUUCCAAUCCAACUCAACCAAAAUCCCAAAAUCUUAUCCCAUAAUUGGUUCCUAUUUCUCAAUCUUAGCAAACAAACAACGUAGAAUUCAAUGGAUUUCCGAUGUUGUUCGAUCCACUUCCAACCUUACUUUCACUCUCAUUCGCCCUUUCGGUUUUCGCCAAAUAUUCACGGCUAAUCCAUCCAAUGUUCAGCACAUCCUCAAAACUCAUUUUCCUAUUUACCAAAAGGGUGAUAUAUUUAAAACUACUAUGUCUGAUUUUCUUGGUGAUGGUAUUCUCAACGUGGAUGGUGAUAUUUGGAAGUACCAAAGACAAGUUGCUAGCCAUGAAUUCAACACUAGAUCUCUACGCAAAUUUGUUGAAACUGUUGUUGAUGCUGAACUCAACGAGCGGCUGAUUCCACUUCUUGCUAUUGCUGCUGAAGAAAAAAAGGUUCUUGAUUUUCAAGAUGUAUUACAAAGGUUUGCUUUUGAUAACAUUUGUAAAAUUGCUUUUGGUUAUGAUCCUGCUUAUUUAUUACCAUCACUCCCUCAAGCGAAAUUCGCAGUUGCUUUUGAAGACUCUGUUAGAUUCAGCAGUGAAAGAUUCAAUGCUCUUUUCCCUUUUCUCUGGAAAAUUAAGCGAAAGUUCAAUAUUGGAAGUGAGAAGAAAUUCAGAAUUGCUGUGGAUGAAGUUCGUCAAUUUGCUAAACAACUCGUUAACGAAAAACAAAGAGAACUCAACGAAAAAUCAUCAUUGGAUUCAGUUGAUCUAUUAUCAAGAUUCUUGAGCGUUGGUUAUAAGGACGAGGAUUUUGUCACGGAUAUUGUUAUAAGUUUUAUAUUAGCUGGCCGUGACACAACAUCAGCUGCUUUAACAUGGUUCUUUUGGUUACUUUCCGAACAUCCAGAAGUAGAAAAUAAUAUCUUGAAUGAAAUUAAAGCGAAAUCUGAAAGUCCAGUGUACGAUGAAGUGAAAGAUAUGAUAUACACACACGCUUCACUUUGUGAAAGCAUGCGAUUUUAUCCGCCAGUUCCAAUGGAUACUAAGGCAGCUACAGUGGACAACAUUUUACCAGAUGGCACAUUUGUUAAAAAAGGGACAAGAGUAACUUACCACCCCUACGCAAUGGGAAGAGUAGAGAAAAUAUGGGGAAAAGAUUGGGCAAAUUUUAGACCAGAAAGGUGGUUAGAUAAGGAUGAAGUGACAGGAAAUUGGACAUUUGUGGCUAAGGACAUGUAUGCAUAUCCUGUGUUUCAGGCAGGGCCAAGAAUAUGUUUAGGAAAAAAUAUGGCAUUUUUGCAAAUGAAGAGGGUGGUGGCUGAUGUUUUACGCCAGUUCAAGGUGGUUCCAGUGGCCGAAAAAGGGGUUGAACCGGUGUUUGUGUCAUACCUAACUGCGAAAAUGAAAGGUGGUUUCCCUGUGACAAUUGAAGGAAGGAAGAACACAGAUUUUUGAUUUUUCACCUAAUAUAGCUAAAAAGGUAGUAUUUUGAAAAUUCAGUGUGCUUAUUGCUUCUUCUACUUGCCUUGAACUGUUUUGGAUUUUUUGUGACAUUUAUUUAUGUUUGUACAAAACUUUGGUUGUUGGUGUGUGAUCGUUUACACUAUUA